AUGCUACUUAGCAAGAAACGGGCCAGUGAAGUCUGCCGGCGAGGCUUGUUCCGAGCAGCUACAGGCGUAGCUGUUCUUUCCCGGGGCGGCCGCGUCUGGUCGGCUGAUGAAGCCAAUGAGGCAAUCCAGGAGACGCAGCAAGUGAAGCAGGUGGAUGUAUUUGUUAGCCACUCCUGGUCCUCGGACCGCUGGGAGAAGCAUCUCGCCAUGUGCUUCUAUCUGAAUCUUUGGAUGGCAUCCAAGGCUCUUGCCGUAAGUGCAGUUGUUUCACAGUUCGUUGUGGCCUUCCUCCCGGAGCAAAGCAUUGACAUGACAUACAUGAUUCUCAUGGAUCUGCCGGUGCUCAUUUUUCUCACGUUUUUCUUUUUCGGCCAGCAUCUGACAUGCGGGUGCUUGUGCCCCAGCAUUUGGGUGGACAAGCUUUGCGUUGACCAGACCAACGAGAGCACCAAGUCGCAGGGCAUUGCAGAGCUGCCCGCGAUUGUCGCUUGCUCUGACCAGCUGCUCGUGUUGUGGAGCGAGUCCUACUUUGAAAGACUCUGGUGCAACUUCGAGCUGUCCAUCUUUGUGAAGCUUUGCGGGGUCGGCAAGAUACGGUGCGUGCCUUUGUGGAUGGCACCCUGGCUCCUGAUCACCAUCGCCUUGUCUUGGUUCGGAAGUCGGAUGGACUCCAUUGUGCUCGACAGCGAUCCCGAGGCCUUCACGGUUGUCUUGAGCUAUGGUCCCCAAGACGAUGCACUCGAGUAUGCAAUGAGCCGUACUAUGGAAUACCUGGCAGAGGCUCCUUUCUUUGCCGUGACUCUGCUGCCGAACCUGAUCGUCAGUGCAAUUUCAUUCCGAAUGAAGCUGGAGAGGCACGAGACCAUGCUUAAGCACAUGGAGACCUUCGAUAUACGAGCUGCAAAGUGCUCUCUCGAGGAAGACCGCGAGAAUAUCGAGCAGAGAGUUGCUGAGCUCUUCGACGGCAUUGAUGAUCCAACGAUCUCCGUGGCUCUUGGCUCGCCGGGCACAGGCGCGCCAAGCGAAAUGGAGACAGAGACAGAGACCAGAAUUGCCGUGCCACUUGACAGCCGACCUGCGAUACGUGCUGUCACCAGCUACCUUGGUCACGAGGAUUCUCUCGAUGCUUUUAACACCUUUGUGCGGCAUCAGCUUCGCUCCGCGAUCACUGCCGACUUGGGGCUUGAGACCGAUUUCCCCUGGAACGUUUCUCUUCUCAGCUUCUUUCCCGCAUUCCUGGAUUUCACAGCACAAAUUUGGUGUGGCAGGGCAUUUCGUGACAAGGCUGGCUUUGCUUCCGAUGAGCAAUAUUUCGCACUCAGCUUUGGGACGGCUUUCCUGGCACUCUUCGUGAAUUUUCCCCUGAGCCCUCCGUGUUUCCUCCUCGUCAUGAAGUGGGUUGUUGCAAGAACGUCCCCUGGAUUUCUGCGGCACUUGCUUGCCUUGACCUGUGGCUUUGUAUUGAACACGGCUUUGUGUGCCAUGUAUGGAUCGAUGAUCGGAAUGCUGGAAAGUUUCGUCAUUACAGGCCACCUCGGACUGCUGACAUUCUUCCUGUUAAUGCUAUCCAUUCACUUGUUUUGCAACUAUGCCCUCUAUGGGCAUGACAUUCAAAACUUCCAUCGCUUGCGUCUGUCCCAAAGGGGACUUCGACGCGAGGAAUGCGACAGUCUUAUGUAA